AUGCGUCUCUCCAACCUGCUACCCCCACGUCCAUCCCGGCCAAAGUUUAUGCGCCGGCGAUCCCGCGCGGGCUCGGACUGCAGCGACGACGGCAACAAUGUGGACCUCGAAGCGCAAAUAUCCGCUCCCGCGACACCCGCGCCGGUGUCAGACAUUCCCCACCCAAGCGAGAAGGUUGACUCUGCCUCUGUGCAUUUCCGCGCCUCGGCACAGCACGAUGGCGACCGCGCCCCGCCUGCGUACGAGUCGAUCGUGGCCUCGACGAGGCUGUCCAUCAGCGGCGGUGAGCAGGGCGAGGCGGUGGGCGAGCAAGGCCGGCCGUCCAUCUGUGUGGAGCGCCCAGGUGGCGACCAAGGAGCCAGUCCUACCAUCAUGGUGCUCUUCAAAGAGGACUAUGACUGGGCAAGAGCGUACCUCCGCGACCUCGACUACCGUGUAGCCCUCCGUCGUGCGCUCAGGAGACACCUGUACAAGUGGUACGCGCUCAUCAUUAUCAUCAUCACCAUCUCGGCGCUCGUCAGUGCAAAGCACACCACCAUUGUCGAGUUUUGCCAGCCCGUCACCAAGCGGAUUCGCGCGUGGCCUGGCGGAUGGCUCAUCCCCAUCGCGCUCUUGAUCAUUGUCUCGUUCCCCCGCUUGUGGGCCAUGAGAGUAAUCAUCGGCAUUCUGUGCGGCCUCGUGUGGGGUAUUGGAGAAGGCUUCGGUAUCCUUGCUGCUGGAACCUUUUUUGGCGAACUCGCGACGUGGGUGGCGUUCAAGUGGCUCUGUACGGCCCGUGCUAGGAAGUACGAGCAGCGGAACAGGCUGUAUGCCGCCUUGACACAGCUCAUUCGCGAAAAGAGCUUUACGUUUGUGCUUGUGCUCCGCUUCUCGGCGGUACCGGGCCACAUUACGACGGCCGUGUCGGCCAGUGCCGGUGCCAACAUUUGGUCGUACUGUGCUGCCGCCAUCCUCACACUGCCCAAGCAGCUCGUGAUUGUCUACCUCGGCACGUCGUUUGGCUCGCACAGCACCAAGAACACUAUCAUCUCGUGGUCUGCGACUAUUGCCACGUUUAUCGGUACCAUCAUCGCCGCCGUCUACAUCUACUACCACAUGCGCAUGGUCAUCCGCCGUGGCGAUGUCAACCCCUUGCCGACUGUGGCCGACCCGCGCACAUCCUCCGACUGGGCCGACCUCAAGGUCCACGGUGCGCGCGGUGUUGGCGCCGGUCUCCGCGUCGAGGUGGAGGACGCUGCACACGCGCGCCAGUCGGUCGACGUCGUGUUUGGACCCCACGCCCGUCUCGCCCAGCAGCAGCAGAUGCGCUCGCCACUGCGCCAGACCCAGGGCAACCGUCCUCGCGCACUCACGCGCACCCGCUCGCUCCCGGGUCCCAUCACCGAGGUCGAGAUGCGCGCUUGGCUUACGCAGAUGGACACUGCGCUCAUGACUUCGGCAGGUGUUCCUGGUGCCCCGCAGAUCCGUGUUGUGUCGCCCCAACCUGUCGAGAACGGCAUCACCGACGACGACCUCGACAACGCUGGGCCAUCGACAUCGCGCGCCGCCACGGGCGACCUCGACCCCAUCCCCUACGCGACCCUCCUCCUCUCCCCACCGGCCCUCGCAGCAGUGUCGCGCCCCGAGUCCCCGCAGCCCAUGGCGCUGCCCGACCUGGCCCACGAGCACGUGUAUGCCGGCUCGUCGUCGUCCGAGCGCCCCAUGUCCACUACCGUCCCCGCGAUUCUCCUCACGCCGACGUACACGCCGGCACGGUCGCGCGCCGACUCGCUCCGCGGUACGGUGUCGCUGGACAUUGAGCGCCCCAGGCAGUUUAUGAGCGGACGCGAGAUUGCAGAGGACGCGGACGAGUAUGCCGUCGCCCACGGCGCGCGCCGGCCAGACUUGGGCCGGAUGCGUGGCGAGUCUAGCGCGGCGCUCCUGGGUCGUCCCCACCUCGUUGACAGAAGCGAAGGCAGGCGGCGUGGCGAGUCGAGUGCCGCGUCCUUGGGCCGUCCCGUCAUCAGUGACAACAAGGACAUCGAGUAG